AUGGAUGACCUUUAUGAUGAAUUCGGUAACUACAUUGGCGAGCCCGCUGACUCGGAUGAAGAGGGUCAGCACAAUGAAGCUAGGCCACACACAUUCUCCUUCAGUGAGGCAUUUGGAGAGGAGGAAUACGAAGAACACAAUGGGCCACAAUUAAUGGAGGCAGAUGAACAUGUUUCAAACGCUGUGAUCCUUCAUGAAGACAAACAAUAUUAUCCCAGUGCACAGCAAGUUUAUGGGGCAGAUGUCGAAACACUAGUUCAAGAGGAGGACAUGCAACCUCUGUCUGAACCUAUAAUUGCCCCUGUUCUGCAAAAGAAGUUUGCAUUUGAAGAAGCUGAACUGCCGCCUGUUCGUUUUUCUCGGAAGUUCAUGUCAGACUUGCUUAGUUUUCCUAAUCAAAUAAGGAAUAUUGCCUUUGUUGGACAUCUACAUCAUGGGAAAACAGCACUUAUGGAUAUGCUUGUCAUUCAAACACAUGACCUAACAGAACGCCUACAAAACCGAGCAGGCACGCUACUGGAAGAGCAACUUCGGUAUACCGAUGUGCACUUUCUAGAAAGAACACGGGGGCUUUCGAUAAAGUCAUCUCCUAUGAGCCUGGUUCUACAAAGCACCAAGGGGAAAUCUCACUUGUUCAACAUUCUUGAUACACCGGGGCACGUGAAUUUUGUGGACGAAGUAGCUGCUUCCUCCCGAUUGGCAGAUGGUGUGGUGCUGAUCGUUGACAUCGUGGAAGGUGUGCAAGCCAAUACUGAACAAAUGAUUAAACACGCCGUGUUAGAAGACCUUCCCAUAACAAUGGUUGUGAAUAAGAUGGACAGAUUGAUUCUAGAGCUGAAGAUACCUCCCAAUGACGCAUAUUUUAAAUUAAAGCACGUGAUUGAAGAGGUCAAUUCAGUCAUUGAAAAUGUCUUGCCUGGGCAAGGUGAAAGCAGACGCCUGAGUCCAGAGAAAGGAAAUGUCGCCUUCGCAUGUGCUUCAAUGGGCUGGUGUUUCACACUACAAUCAUUCGCAAAAAUGUAUACGGAGAGUUUUCCCCAAAUUGAGACAGCUGACUUUGCCCUCCGCCUUUGGGGUGAUAUAUUCUUUAAUCCCAGGAGCCGCAAAUUUACUCGAAAAGGGAUGGAAGAAAACUCCAAGCGUACAUUUGUACAUUUUGUUCUGGAACCUAUUUACAAACUCUAUUCCCAUUCCAUAAGCGAAAGUGCAGAAGAUCUGAAGAGGACGCUUGCAAAUGUGGGUAUCAUAUUGAAACCUUCCCAAUUAAAGUCAGAUGCAAAGGUGCUACUCAACCUGGUCUGUGGGCAAUUUUUUGGCCCCGCAACUGGUUUUGUGGAUAUGAUCAUCCAGCAUGUACCUUCCCCCGUUGAUGGUGCCCGAAAGAAGCUAGAAAGGUACUAUACAGGCCCUCUUGACACUAAACUGGCUUCUGCUAUGACUACGUGCGAUGCAGAAGGUCCACUCGUUAUCCAUAUCACAAAACUUUUCCCUACACCUGAUGCUUCAAGCUUCCGCGCUUUGGGGAGAAUACUAAGCGGGACUGCUCGACCCGGCCAACAGGUUCGGAUUUUAGGCGAGGGUUACACUCCGGAAGACGAAGAAGACAUGGUAACCGCGACUAUCACUGACACAUGGAUUACCGAGACUUGUUAUAACAUCCCUACCAGCGGCGUCCCAGCUGGGAAUUUCGUCCUUCUGGGUGGUGUGGACAAUUCCAUUGUGAAAACGGCAACACUUGUGCCUCUAGCACUUCCCGAUGAUGAGGACGCGUACAUCUUCAAGCCAAUCCGGCAUUUGACCCAAUCCGUAUUUAAAGUUGCCGUUGAACCGGUUAAUCCAUCCGAACUUCCGAAGAUGCUCGACGGCCUUCGUAAAGUCAAUAAAAGCUACCCACUUAUUUCAACGAAGGUAGAGGAGUCCGGCGAACACAUCAUUUUGGGUACUGGUGAACUUUAUAUGGACUGCGUUCUUCAUGACCUUCGAAGGUUAUACUCAGGGAUGGAAAUCAAAGUUUCGGAUCCCGUCACUCGCUUCUGUGAAACCGUUGCUGAGACUUCAGCCAUCAUGUGCUAUUCCAUUACACCAAACAAAAAGAACAAGAUCACAAUGGUUGCCGAGCCCCUGGACGAUGGAAUCGCUGAAGAUAUUGAGGGCGCUAAAGUCCGCAUCAAGGAUCCAAUCCGGAAAAUGGCACGAUUCUUUGAAGAGAAAUAUGAUUGGGAUAAACUCGCAGCGAGAAGCAUAUGGGCAUUUGGUCCAGAUGACAUGGGCCCCAAUAUAUUACUCGACGACACAUUGCCAUCCCAAGUCGACAAGAAGCUUAUUGGAAGUGUCAGAGAUACUAUUACACAAGGUUUUAAUUGGGGGACAAGAGAGGGUCCUUUAUGUGAAGAGCCAAUUCGAAACACAAAAUUUCGACUCACGGACGUUUCACUUGCCGACCAAGCUAUUUACAGGGGAGGCGGCCAAAUCAUUCCUACUGCCCGCCGCGCCGUCUAUUCUUCAUUCCUCAUGGCAUCACCACGCUUGAUGGAACCCAUUUAUGCCUGCGCAAUGACAGGGCCCGCUGAUGCUGUCGCAUCGAUGUAUACUGUUCUUUCGCGCAGGAGAGGCCAUGUCCUUGCCGAUGGCCCAAUUGCCGGUACACCACUAUAUUCAGUGCGUGGCUUGAUUCCUGUUAUAGACUCGUUUGGUUUCGAGACAGACCUUCGAAUCCACACACAAGGCCAAGCUUCAAUAAGUCUUGUUUUCGAUAAGUGGAGUGUCGUCCCAGGAGAUCCAUUGGACCGGGAUGUCAAAACAAAGCCCCUUGAAAUGGCACCCGCGAUGGCUACUGCUCGAGAUUUCGUACUGAAAACAAGGAGACGCAAAGGGCUCGCAGAGGAUGUCACAGUAAGCAAAUUUCUAGAGCCAGAUCUGUGGAAGGGUCUAAAGGAAAGUGGCGUUCUGGAUUCAUGA